AUUAUUGAUUACCUGCCAAACGAGCAUCCCAUGCACCCUCUCUUAUACAAAAAUCAAAGAUAUUGCUUUCAUUAGCAAGUCUCCUUUUAAUAACUAAUCACAUUCUAACAUUUUUGUUCUAAAUCAAACUUCACUUUCAGAUUCAACAACACAAGCAUUUCAACUAAAGAUGUCGAAAGAAAAUAAAGAUGAUUUCACAAGGGUCCUGCAGGUAAACGGUGGCACGGUUCUUGGGAUGGUUCUGAAAGCGGCUGCUGAGUUUAAUUUAUUCGAGAUCAUGGCCAAAGCUGCUGCUGUUGAUGGAGCUUCUCCUUUUGGAGAGGAUGCUAAAAUGUUGUCUACUGAAGAUAUUGUAGCUCAUCUUUCUACGCAAAAUCCUGCAGCUAAGGCCAUGCUUGACCGAAUUCUCCGCUUUCUGGCUGCUAAUUCCUUCUUUAAACGGACAAUCGUAGCUGGAGAAGAUGGCAAAGAAAAGAGUUUGUAUGGUCUUGAGAGUUUAUGUAAAUAUUACAUUCCUGAUGAAGAUGGUGUUUCACUAGCUCCUUUGUUGCUUAUGCUUCAUGACAAAGUUAUUAUCGAUUCUUGGUUCCGCUUGAAAGAUGCACUUCUUGAGGGAGGAAUUGCUUUCAACAAGGCUCAUGAUGGCAUGCAUGCAUUUGAAUACCCUGCAAUAGAUAGCAGAUUCAAUGACGUUUUCAAUCAAGCCAUGUAUGGCCACACCACUAUAAUCAUGAAGAAAUUUCUUCAAGUUUACACUGGAUUCGAAGAGGUCACAGAGAUAGUAGAUGUCGGUGGGGGAACAGGGGCAACACUAGCCAAAAUCAUAUCCAAGUAUCCUCGGAUUAGGGGAAUCAACUUCGAUUUGCCUCAUGUCAUCAAAAAUGCCCCUCCUUUAGCUGGUGUGGAUCAUGUCGGAGGAGAUAUGUUCGAAAGUGUCCCAAAAGGAGAGGUUAUUUUUAUGAAGUGGAUACUUCAUGAUUGGAGCGAUGAACACUGCUUAAAGCUUUUAAAGAAUUGCUAUAACGCCCUUCCAGAAUCUGGGAAGGUGGUCAUUGUAGAAUCAGUCGUGCCGGAGUAUACCAACGCAGGUUCUUCAUCAGAAUUAAGAAACACGUUGAGUGCUGAUUUGAUAAUGUUGGCAAUAAAUCCCGGAGGAAAAGAGAGGAGUAUAAAAGAAUUUGAGGCAUUGGCAAAAGAAUCUGGAUUUGCUGCUGUAGAGCUAAUUUGCAGCGUCUCUGUUUAUAAUGUUCUGGAAUUUCAUAAGAAAGGGCUAAUAGCUUAUGAUUUUAGAUUGACUGUUUAUUUAAUACGGUAUCAAAGCUCGUUUAGAUUUGGUCUCGGGGUAAUUAUCUGUUAUUCUGUCGCUCUUGUUGGAUGCCACAUUGUCACCAUUAAGAUUCCUGCACAGAAAAAAGAUUACAAACAUUUCAUAUCAGAAGACUUGUUAAAGGCCAGUCAGCUAAGUAUGUCUCAAGAGGUAAAAGAUGCCAAUGAAUUUACAAUGGGACUGCAGUUAUACAGUGGCACAAUUCUUGGAAUGGUAAUGAAAGCUGCUAUUGAACUUGAUCUGUUCGAGAUCAUAGCUAAGGCUUCUACCGCUAAUGGUAUAUAUCCUUUUGGAAAGGAUGCUAAGAAAAUGUCAAGUGAUGAUAUUGCAGCUCAACUUCCUACUCAAAAUCCUGCAGCUGCAGCAAUGCUUGACAGAAUCCUCCGAUUUCUGGCUGCCAAGUCUGUUCUUAACUGGAGCACAGUAGCCACAGAAGAUAGCAAAGAGAAGAGUGUCUAUGGUCUAACAAGUGCAUGCAAAUAUUACAUUUCUGACGAGGAUGGAGUUUCACUGGCUCCUAUAUUGAUCAUGCUUCAUGACAAAGUUAUCAUUGACUCCUGGUAUCACUUGAAAGAUGCAGUGCUUGAGGGAGGAAUUCCCUUUAACAUGGCUCAUAAUGGCAUGCAUGCAUUUGAAUACCCUGCAAUAGACAGCAGAAUCAGAGAUGUUCUCAUUCAAGCAAUGUAUAACCAUACCACUCUCAUCACAAAGAAGAUGCUUAAAGUUUACACUGGAUUCAAAGAGAUUACAGAAAUCGUAGACGUUGGUGGUGGAACAGGGGCAACGCUAGCAAAAAUCAUUUCUGAGUAUCCCCUGAUUAGGGGAAUUAACUUGGAUUUACCUCAUGUCAUCAAGGAUGCCGCUCCUUUAGCUGGUGUGAAGCAUGUUAGUGGCGACAUGUUCGAAAGUGUCCCAGAAGGAGAGGUCAUCUUCAUGAAGUGGAUACUUCAUGAUUGGAGCGACGAACACUGCUUAAAAAUUUUAAAGAAUUGCUGCAACUCCCUUCCAGAAUUGGGUAAGGUCAUUAUUGUGGAAUCACUAGUGCCCGAAUACUCAGACACGGAUUCCUUGGCAAAAUUGAACAAUUUCUGUGACUCUGACAUGAUCAUGUUGGCAUCACACGCUGGAGGAAAAGAGAGAAGCUUGAAAGAAUUCGAGGAAUUGGCAAAAAAAUCUGGAUUUGCAGGUGUCCAACUCAUUUGCAGCGUGUAUGUUUAUAGUGUUCUGGAAUUUUACAAGAAAGUUCAGUAGUUCAAAUCAUCAAUCUUUUAACAUUAAAAUAAUCUUAAAAGUAUAUAUACCAAGAUUGUUGGUGUGUUUUCAGAUUGAUAAGCUCUUUGGUGUAUUUGAUUAGCAUUUUUACUUGUAAACUUUUUCAUAAUAUAUUAAUAAAGAUCCAUUGAAGUGGUAUGGUCUGUUA